CGCGUGUCUACUGAGUGUUAAUGGUGCCUCUUAAAAUGCUUUAUCUGACAUGAAUUUAAUUGCUAGUUUGAAGUUGAAACUGUGGAUUAUGUCCAUCCGUGCAAAAUUGACUUUGAAAAAACACUAGGAGGAGGGAUUUGAAAUACCAACUGUCUUAGGAGCUGCACAGAACUCUCAGUUUGGUGCUCUUAAAGACUUUUAGUUAAGGUAUCUGCACUGCUGUGUGUAAACACUUCAAUUGGAAGCGUGCUGUCCUCCAGUCUUUAAAGAGUAGAGCAGAUGAACACGAGAUGCAUAUACCUACGUGGAACAGGCCAGCGCUUGGGAAAUAUUUUUGGCGUGAACAUCACACCAAAGGGCAGAACAUGGAUGUGUGAGAUUUUUAAAACGAGGAUCUUUGUGAGCUACAGUUCAUAUGGUUAUAGUAGUAGGCUGCAAUACCCUUACAAGUAAUCUACAUAUUAAUAGAAUGUGAAUUUUGCAUGAUUCUUAACCAGUGUUUAAAUGUUUGUUUUAACAGAGUAGUAAUAUUCCUUUCAUUAAUUCCGUCAGUUUGUUCAGUGGAGGAAUUCUACUCUCCUGGCUGUCAUAAAGGCUUGUUAGCUCCCUGUGGAGCUGAGAACAAAUUAGCCGGGCUUCUCCAACUGCCAAGUAUCAGCUCUUAUUUAAAAUGGGUAGAAGUGCAGUAGGGAGGAGGACUAAAAACCUUCACUAGAGUUUGUUUUGACCAUGUGGCUAAUGAAACCCUGAGUUUAGAUACAGUUUGAUGAUGAAAAAUAAACUCGCUACUACUGUGCUGGGUGAAUGGAGAAUCCUGCCCUGAAUUUGAAAGCACUGCUUUUGCAACCAUCGGGUCUAGAGCUGUUCUUGCGUCAUAUGCAAUAGUAACCUGUGCUCUACGUGUUUCUGGGCAGUCUCAGUUGCUACGCUUGGCUGUUACUGGGCGGUCAAGGUUGUUUUCUUUAUACUGGAAUUGAAAACCUGCCCUGUGAAUGAGUGGGCCACUGGCUCUUCCUUAGCUCAGUUCUGUCUUCCUGUCUGUUCCUGCUGCUGUCUAGAAGUUGUAUAGCGGCAUCACUGCAAAACCAAGGCGAUUUCAUUAAGUUCUGUGCCCAUGUUGCUUUUGUGUAGAAUACUGGCUUUCAAUGGGAAUUUACAGUCUAAAGAAUAACUUUUCUUAUACCCCUGUUUGCCAGAAACAGGAGCAGUACAGGUGUUUGCCUACAGAAGAAAGCCAUACCUUUUGUGGUGUAGCGAGAUAGAUAGGUGUUCAUCUGUCGCAGCAGUAGGAAGGCUGAGCACUUUUCCCAUUGCUAGUAGUGUCUCUGUUGUCAAGCUGCUGUCAAAGUGGUUUCUAAGAUGUGGUUCAAAUAGAAAACAAGGUGGGGAUAGUAUUUUAUAGGUCAAGUCCAGUAACCGAGAGGUGGUUGACAUGGGGAAACUUGAUGUUGUUCCUGAGGUUAACUUCUGCAGGGUGUGCAGAAAUGUGUGUCUUGGCUAUAGUAGUGAAAAUCAGAGGCCAAAAUACUUCCUGAGAGAGCAGGGCUUAUAAACAGAUAAUGCAAUGUAUUGUUUACACUAGAAGUAAAAGUUUAUACUAAAACCAAUUAUUUUUGUUUUAGAGGGACUGUGAAUAUGUCUGGCAUAGCUCUUAGCAGACUUGCACAGGAGAGGAAAGCCUGGAGAAAAGAUCAUCCAUUUGGAUUUGUAGCAGUACCUACAAAAAAUCCAGAUGGCACAAUGAAUCUAAUGAACUGGGAGUGUGCUAUUCCAGGAAAGAAAGGGACACCAUGGGAAGGAGGCUUAUUUAAACUACGGAUGCUUUUCAAGGAUGACUACCCUUCUUCACCCCCAAAAUGUAAAUUUGAACCACCGUUAUUCCAUCCAAACGUGUACCCUUCAGGCACAGUGUGUCUCUCCAUCUUAGAGGAGGAUAAGGACUGGAGGCCAGCAAUCACAAUUAAACAGAUCUUGUUAGGAAUACAAGAACUUCUAAAUGAACCAAAUAUUCAAGACCCAGCUCAAGCAGAGGCUUACACAAUUUACUGCCAAAACAGAGUGGAAUAUGAAAAGAGGGUUCGAGCACAAGCCAAGAAGUUUGCACCAUCAUAAGCAUCUGUCAUGCAGCAUCUUAUAAAGGAAGGGAUUGGCUCAGCAAGAACUUGUUUACAAAACUUUUGCAAAAUCUAAUGUUGCUCUGUACAAUUAAUAUCCACUUCGGGGAGGGGGUUGUAUGUGUGCCAUUUUCCAUAUUCGCCACUUGUAUACAGUUCUAAAUUUGCUGAAUUGCCCCCAGUUUUUUCAUACAGGGUCUCUUCCUUCAGUCUUUUGUAUUUUUGAUUGUUUAUGUAAAACUUGCUUUUAUUUUAAUAUUGAUGUCAGUAUUUCAACUGCUGUAAAAUUAUAAACUUUUAUACUUCUAUGAAUACACUAGUAUCUCUAGUUACUUUGCUAUCUGAUGCAGGCAUGCUUUAAAAUGUUAGAACUAUAUUUAGCCUCUAGCUGGCUGUAUGAAAAAAAAAAAAUCAUGCCCUCCACCCCCUUCCCUCCCUGAGUUUGUUUUUCUAUCUUUCAGAAACUAGGUUGUUAUUGCUUAAGAGCCUCUGAGAUCCAAAGUCAGCCAGCAUCCUUAUUCUGCAUCACUUCCUUUGUGUUUAUAUGGCGUUCUGUCUGUGUUGCUGUUUAGAGUAAAUAAACUGUUUAUAUAAAGGGCUUCGUUUCAUUUAUCUUCAUUAAAGUUAUUAAAAGACUGCCACUUAAAUGGCUCUGAACACAGUUCAGCGCAAGUCCUGUUUGUAAGGCCUGGGAUGCUGCACUUCCCUCUUGGCUGGAUGUUGCCUUCAUUUCUUUCCCCUGCCCCCGCCCCCAACAUGACCGUGGCGUUUCUCUGGGCCCCAAGUGGCCCUUGCAGCUUUGAUCGGUUCUUGCCAACAGCUUAUGGAAUUCUGGCUUGCUGGAGACCAACUCCUUACUGCGUGCGCUGGGGCAGACAUACUGGUACAGCCACCUCAACAUAAGUAACGCAAGCAUUAGACUGACAGGAUCAAUAAUAGAAGCUGUCCGAGGAGUGCACGGAGACCGACAGCAACUGGGGAUUCUAAAUGGUACUUGUCUGUCGGAAAUGUGUCUGUGCCUUCGUCCGUAUGUCCAUGUACGUAGCUUGGAGGAAAAGGACGUGCUCUAUGCAAUUACAGUUCCCUUCUGUAAAGGAAAUCAGUUAAAUUAUGUAAGUUAUUUUCAUGUAUGUCAAACUGAUAUGCCCUCUAU